AUGGUUGCUGAACUUCGUCGCCUCAAAUUUGCCCUAUUCGGCUUGGGCCGCCUGGGUGUUAUUCGUGCCAAUAUCCUUGCCUACCAACAACCUCUAAUUGAACUGGUCGCUGUCUGCGAUACUAAGCCCGGCACUGACAAAUGGGCCGCAGAAAACCUCCCUAGGAGCGUCCAGCAUUUCACCGACCCUGACGAAUGCUUGAAGAACAGCGGAGCCGAGGCCAUCCUUAUUUGCACUGCAACUGCUACACAUGCUCCCCUAAUCAUUAAGGCUGUUGAUCUGGGUCUACAUGUCAUGUGUGAAAAGCCCAUUUCUGUCGAUGUUGUCACAACAGCCGCCGUGAUCGAGAAGGUUUCAUCCCGGCCUGAUCUCAAGUUUCUGGUCCCUUUCACACGCCGAUAUGACAAGUCUUACCGUGAGGCGAAGGCUUUGGUUGAGAGUGGCGAACUUGGUGAUGUCCACGCCGUUGAGACUUUUAUGAGCGAUGUGCAAGAUCCUGCGGGUAACUUCGUAGCAUUUGCAGCACACUCUGGAGGUAUUUUUCUUGAUAUGGGCAUCCAUCAUAUUGACACUGGCCGGUAUCUGCUUGAUGUCAAGUCGGGUCUUGAAAACCCUAAGAAGCAAGUCAAAAGAGUCGUUGCAAUGGGCCAGCGAGCCGUCUACAACGACCUGGCUGCGUUCGGCGAUGCGGAUAAUGCGUAUGGCCUAGUUGAGUUUUCCAACGGCAAGAUCUGGACCACGCAUCUCGCCAGAACUACAACAAACGGUUUCGAGGAUUCAACCCGCGUCUGUGGCACAAAGGCACACUCCAUCGUCAGCGGCGUGAGCAAUGUUGAGAUCCGCGACAAGCACGGAAUUCGCAAGCGCACAGUGCCCGACGCCUUCCAACUCUUCCCAGAGACCUUCCUUACCGACAUUACUGAGUUCGCCAACGCCGUUCUCUUCAACAAGCCUUUGACGUGUCUUGCCGAAGAUGCUUUCGAGGCGGGUAAGAUUUGCACCGCCUUACAGCAUUCAUUCCGUACCGGGUUACCCGUGUACUUUGAUGAGAACGGUUUCCCUAUUCUUGAAAAUGCUACAAAUGGACAAUAG